AUGUCCGGUCUGUUGGGGGCUAUGGUUUUUGCCAUUUGUAUUGGUGUGUCCCAAUACACGGUUCCAGAGGCAGUUUCAUGCUUCCAAGCGGGUAAAAUAUUAAAGGCCAAAAUAGAACGUGAAUACACAAACAGUGAAGCAGAAGAACAAGCGGGCUUUCGCACGGAAAGAUCCGUCGUUGACCAUCUGUUUUGCGUCACCCAGCUUAUCGAGAAAAUGAUAGCAUUCAAUAAGGAGAUACAUCGUUACCCGACAAACCUAAGCGUCAACAUAAUAAGAUCAGUGAAAGAACUAUAUGGAAACUGUCACAUUAAAGUCAAGGUCGGCCCAAAAAUGUCCAAUAGAUUUACACCCAACGAGGGACUCAAACAAGGGUGUUCUGUAUCACCCACCCUUUUCAAGAUGUAUCUUGAACAAGCGUUAAGGAUAUGGAAGCAAAAAUGCAGAAAUAUGGGCAUCCGCCGUAACAAUGCAAACAUAUACACCCUAAGCUUCGCAGAUGACCAAGUCAUAAUGGCGCAAGAGUACGAUGACGUAGAAUACAUGACGCGAAACCUGAUCGAAGAAUACAAGAAAUGGGGGUUGGAAGUAAACUUACCAAAGACAAAGUAUAUGUGUAUCGGUGGAGCACAACGCGACCUCCUCUUAGAGGACGGUCAGACUAUCAAAACCUGCGAACCCUACAAAUACCUUUGA